AUCGCUGGAGCGCCAGACUACGACGAUCCUACUUUCUGGGAUAAGAGGUUUGCGACCGGCCAAGAUGUGGGCGAAUGGUUGAAUCCUGGAGAAAAUCUCGUCCAGGCUGUUCUGUCCGACUUGGACAACCGAUCGUUUGUCCAAGAACGCGCCCCUCGAGUUUUACAUCUGGGACCCGGAAUCUCGAAACUAGGGACAAAGCUUCGCGAUGCAUUCGUGGACCGCAACUGGAAGGGCUCCGGCAUUGUGGUACGUGUGCUCAGUACCGUUGGAAACGACUCUGCUGACGCUCGACUGUCAUAAGAAUGUGGACUUUUCCUUCGAAGCCGUCCGCCUUGGCCAGGCAAUCGAGAGCAAACAAGACCCGUCGCAUGCGAUGCACUGGCUACGUGCUGACCUUCGGUCAUGGAACGAUAUGUCGAGCUUGGCCCCUUGGGCACCCUUUGAGAUAAUCCUCGAUAAAAGCACGAGCGACGCCCUCGCAACCUCCACAUCCGCAACGUUCUCGCCGACCUCUAUCUCACAAGACAUUUGCCCCAUGGUGCGUGACAUUGUGAAUACCCAGGGGGAAACAACGCUAUCCCCAGUCGAGCUGUUGGCGCUACAUCUUGUCCCAUUGACCAGCGAGGGCACGAUGUGGUUUACCCUAUCGUACUCAACGGUGCGAUUUGAUAAUCUCCCACGGCUGGCGAAACACUGGGAUCUUGUUUCCCGUACCUCGCUCAAGGCGCCUCAAGGUCAGACUUCUUCAUCUGCGUAUACCCCUGAGGUUUUCCAUUGGCUAUAUAUACUCCGGCGGAAAUGACUCCUUUGUCACGCCGAGAUCACUACUUAACAGUCAUAGGACUAGCAUGAAUUGGACGGGAUUCAAUGAAAGGUAAUCUUGGCACUGUACGCUUGUACCUGGCGACAAUUGUGAUGAAUGCUACCCUGGCAGUGGUCACAGAUCGAUUGACUGUGUCGGCAACGAGGUCUCGCAGCGACAACUUCCACUGUGGCAAUAAUAGCGCAAACGUAUGGCUGCUAACUGGGGUGUUCUGAAACAACUCUAGCCCUCUAGCGUUAUGCCGGUAGCCACCGACUGAAAACAAAAAAAAAUGUGGUGGUUGCUAUGGUGUAGUCACCAAAGACAGUGUCGCAUCUGGGAGCCAAAGUCCUCGGAUUUCUUCUUGGUGGGAGAUUCUGAACCCCCGUGGCCCAUAGUAGCUGCUUUGUAAUGUCAAAGCGCUGUAACUAGUGACCGACCUCUGAUCCUUUGUAAAUUUGGUAAAUUAUUGAUAUGGCAAUACCCAAAUAGCUUUAAGGUAUAGAGUCUUACCGCUCAGGGCAAUUCCCCGCAUUACCCUAGAUCUCGCCUCCCGGACUUACCAACAGCCUUCAAUAUCUGGUGAAAACCUCUUCGACGUUGCAUAGGAGGUAGUAUAGUUUUCUAUAGCGGCGAUUGAUCCAAAACUUAGACAGUUGAAUAGUACUGAUUGUCCACUGGUCGCAAUUGGGGACUUUACAAGACCGACCUGGCCAUUCUCGGGUGCUUAUGCA